AUGGAUACUAAUAUUUUACAUAUAUUACAUUUUAAUGAUGUAUAUAAUGUUGAAGAACAAAAACAAGAACCAGUUGGUGGUGCAGCAAGAUUUACAACUGCAUUAAAAUCACAUGGAGCUGGCCAACAUAGUAUUGUAUUAUUUUCAGGUGAUUGUUUAAGUCCAUCUUAUAUAAGUAAUAUAACAUAUGGUCAACAUAUUCCAUCAAUUAUGAAUAAAAUGUAUAUUCAAUGUUCAUUAUUUGGUAAUCAUGAAUUUGAUUAUGGUAUGAAUAAUUUUAAUGAAUGUAUGAAUCAAUGUAAUUUCCCAUGGAUUAAUAGUAAUGUAUAUGAUAAAGAAUUGAAUGAAUUACUUGGUACUAAAUUACAAUAUAAGAUUAUAGAUUAUAAUAAUGAUAUAAGAAUUGGUAUCAUUGGGUUAAUUGAAAAAGAAUGGAUUGAAGUGAUACCAUGUUUUACAACAUCAAAUAUUGAUGUAAAAGAUAUCAUAGUAACUAGUCGACAAUUAGGAACAUAUUUAAAAAUACAAAAAAAAUGUCAUUUCGUUAUAGUAUUAACACAUAUGAGAUGGUUCAAUGAUCGUUUAUUAGCUAUGAAUGUACCAGAGAUUGAUUUAAUCCUUGGUGGACAUGAUCAUGAAUAUCAAUAUGAAUGGAUUCAAUUAAAUGAGAAUUUAUUAUUGGAUACAAAUUUAUUAUUGGAUAAAAAUAAAAUUAAUAUUCAACGUUUAAUUAUUAAAAGUGGUAGUGAUUAUAAAACAUUUUCACAUUUAUAUAUAAAAUAUGAUAAAGAGAAUUGUAAAAUAUUGAAUAUUGAUAUUGAACAAGUAUUGAUUGAUAGUCAUUGGGAACCAGAUAAUGAAGUUCAAGAACUCGUUAUUAAAUCUACUAAAAAAUUAGAAAAGAAACUGGGUAAACCAUUAGGACGAAUUGAAACUGACUUUGAUGUUAGAUCCAAUUCAGUACGUUUAAAAGAAUCAAAUAUUGGCAAUUUCAUUUGUGAUAUAGUAUUAACAGCUAUAGAAGCCGAUUGUGUAUUAUUCAACACUGGUACCUUAAGAGGUGAUCGAAUUUUUAAAGCUGGAUUAUUCACUUUGCGUGAUUUAAUGACUAUACUACCAUAUUCGGAUAAAUUAUCAGUUAUUGAAAUAACUGGUAGUCAAUUAAUAGAAGCAUUAGAAAACUCAGUAUCAGAAUAUCCAAAAUCUGAAGGACGUUUUCCAAUGAUUGGCGGUAUUCGUUUUACAUUUAAUCCAUUAAAACCAAUUGGUACACGAAUUCUAAUUGAAGAAGUCACAAUACAAAAUGAACCAAUCAAUAUGAAACAUAAUUAUCGUUUAUGUAUAACUGAUUAUUUAUAUAAUGGAAAUGAUGGUUAUCAACUAUUUCCUAAAUGUACAUUAUUAUUAGAUAAUGAAAAAUGUCCAAUUCUAAUUAUAUUAAUACAAAAUUAUUUUAGAACUAUACAAGUACUCAAUGGAUUUGAACCAUCUCAUACACAUCAUCGUCAAUGUUUAAUACCUUUCAUGGAAAGGAAAAAAUUAAUGCAACAAUCAAUUAGUAACAAUAAUUGUAAUUGUAAUCGCCAUGAUGCUACAUCUCGAUGGAAUAAAGCACGAUGUGUUUUAAUAGAACAACGUGAAAAAUCAAUUGCCAAUUUAAUAGCCCCUAAAAUUGAUGGACGAAUUAAAAUGAUUAUGUCAUAAAUAUUAUGUUAUUUGAGUAAUUAUUAUCAUUAAUAAAUGUUACAUAAA